CGGUCGUAUCAUACGUAUAAAAACACUUUUUUUAUUCCCGAUUUACACGAGCAGCAAGAAGAAUCUUAGUGAUAACUUUUACAUUUGAAGCUUUUGACUGUUCAAAAUUUAGAAGAUGCCUGCAAGAAUAUUGGACGACCCAAUUCCUCCAGCAGAUUUUCCAAUGGAACUGUUGAGCGAGGUUGAGUUGGAUCCGCCCGUUAUAGAGAGGAGAACUUGUGAACUUGUCAUCAGCGGUGUAUCGUGUCGAUUACCGGAGUCGGAAAAUAUGGAGGAGUUUGAACAGCAUCUCAUGAAUGGCGACGAUAUGGUGUCAGAAGACAAUAGAAGAUGGCAGCCCGGUCUUUAUGGAUUACCAAAAAGAAGUGGGAAAUUGAAGACACUUAAUAAAUUUGAUGCAGCUUUCUUCGGUGUCAAUCCGAAACAGGCCAAUAGGAUGGACCCUCAGUUGCGUAUGCUGUUAGAAGUGACCUAUGAAGCGAUCGUUGAUUCAGGCACCAACCCUUCCAGUAUCAGGGGCUCUAAGACUGGCGUGUUUAUUGGGGCCAGUGCGUCGGAGGCUCACGAGGCAUGGGCGAUGGACCCCCAGAAAACGAUGGGAUACAGCAUGACCGGGUGUACACGAUCUAUGUUUGCUAACAGACUGUCCUAUUUCUUUGACCUUAAAGGUCCCAGCUUUGCCCUUGAUACGGCAUGUUCCUCCAGCCUGUUGGCCCUUGAUCAGGCUGUUAACAGCAUCAGACAAGGGCACUGUGAUGCAGCCAUAGUCGGAGGAUGCAGCGUUUGUCUCAAACCUCUAACGGCCCUGCAAUUUCUCAAGCUUGGCAUGCUGUCUCCAGAGGGAACCUGUAAAUCGUUUGAUGCCAGUGGAAAUGGCUAUUGCCGAAGCGAAGGGAUAGUGGUGGUGUACCUUCAAAUGAAGCCUGAUGCGAAGAGGAUCUACAGCAGAGUGGUUCACUCAAAAACAAACUCAGAUGGUAAAAAAGAACAAGGAAUCACCUUCCCAUCAGGUGAUAUCCAAAAGAGACUGCUGUACGGUGUGUAUGAAGAUGCUGGGGUGGCACCUAAUAAAGUGGUGUAUGUGGAGGCUCAUGGGACAGGGACCAAGGCGGGUGAUCCCCAGGAGGUCAACACUAUCGUGGAUGUGUUCUGCAAGGACAGGGAGGGGCCACUACCUAUAGGGUCUGUCAAGUCUAAUAUGGGUCAUGCUGAACCUGCCUCUGGUCUGGCAGCUAUUGCAAAGGUCAUUAUUGGGAUGGAAAAGGGUGUCAUCCCUGCCAACUUACACUACAAGGAAGCAAAUCCAGACAUUCCGGGCCUGAAUGAUGGAAGACUACAAGUUGUCACACAAAACAUGACCAUGAAGGAGGGAUUUGUUGGGGUCAACUCUUUUGGAUUUGGAGGCUCAAAUGUUCAUGUGAUCUUGCAAUCUCCAGAAGAGCAAACAGAAAGCAAUCACGAUGCAAACACAUCGAAGAGAUUGUUCGUCUACUCCAGCAGAACAUUUGAUGGUGUACAGAAAAUUUUACAGAUGGCUCAAAACAAUAAGCAAAAUUUAGGAAUGCAUGCUUUGCUGAAUGAAAGUGCGAAUGUGGAUAUCUCAGUUGAAAUGUACAAGGGAUUUACUAUCCUCAAUGGGUCCGAUGACACCAAUAUGAAUCUUAUUCAGCCAUACAAUGGAGAGAAGAGACCAACUUGGUUUGUUUUCUCUGGGAUGGGAACACAGUGGCAUGGCAUGGGAAGAGACAUGAUGGUUUUUGAUGUCUUCAAGAACUCCAUCUUGAAGUCAGAUGCAGUUUUGUCAGUGCAUGGUGUGAAGCUCUAUGAUUUGAUGAUGACAGCUGAAGAAUCUGCUUUUGAAGACACUGUCAAUUCUUUCAUUUGCAUCGCUGCUAUUCAGGUAGCUUUGGUGGACACAUUGAGAGUGAUAGGUAUUGCACCAGAUGGAAUUGUUGGACAUUCUGUAGGAGAGCUGGGGUGUGCUUAUGCAGAUGGAUCACUGACAGCUGGGGAGACGGUUCUUGCUGCUUACUGGAGAGGACGAUGCAUCAGAGAGUCCAACCUUCCACCAGGAGGAAUGGCUGCUGUUGGGAUGACAUGGGAGGAGGCCUGUGCUCAAUGCCCACCUGGAGUGGUCCCAGCCUGUCACAAUUCUGAAGACACCGUUACCAUCUCAGGACCCAAAGAGGCCGUGGCCACAUUUGUGAACCAGCUAAAGGAGAAAAAUGUCUUUGCUAAAGAGGUCAAUAGUUCAGGAGUGGCUUUCCACUCCUACUACAUGGCUAAAAUUGCCCCCGUGCUCAAGGCAGCUCUAGACAAGGUGAUCAAACCAAAACCAAGGAGCAAGAAGUGGAUUAGUUCUUCAAUUCCAGAGGAAGGUUGGGACAGCAACAUGGCCCAAUAUUCUUCAGCUGAAUAUCAUGUCAACAACCUUGUAAGCCCAGUGUUGUUUUAUGAAGCAUUGAAGCAUAUUCCAGACAAUGCUAACGUGAUUGAGAUAGCUCCACACUGUUUGCUACAGGCCAUCUUAAAAAGGACUCUCAAACCCAGCUGCUGCAAUGUUGGACUAAUGAAAAGAGGUCACACAGACAAUGUUGAGCAUUUCUAUAUGGCACUUGGGAAAUGUUACACUCAUGGUGUGAGAAUGAGUCCCCUGAAACUAUACCCUGCAGUGAAUUUCCCAGUCCCAAGAGGAACUCCCAUGAUUUCUCCUGUAAUCCAGGCUCAAUGGAAUCACUCUAUGGAUUGGGAUGUUCCCACUCCUGAAGAUAUGAUAGCUGGAUCUGGUGGAGAUUCUGGGUUUGUAACAGAGUUUACAAUUGGUCCAGAUUCCCCUGACAACUUCCUGAAAGGGCAUUGCAUUGAUGGAAGGGUGUUGUUUCCCGCCACGGGGUAUCUGGUUCUAGCUUGGCAAGCUCUGGCCAAGGUUCAGCAUCAGACCUGGGAAGAAAUGCCGGUUAAGUUCAGUGAUGUCAUGAUUCAUAAGGCUACCAUUCUACCUUCUGAAGGAAAAGUGAAAUUCAAGGUUCUGAUAAUGCAGACUACAGGAGACUUUGAGAUCAGUGAGAGUGGAUUAUUAUCUGUCAGUGGAAAGAUAAGACAGAUAGAGCCAUCAGAAGCAGAAACACUACCAAUCACAGACAGGCCAGUCAUGGAACUUAGUAGUGCUGAUGUCUACAAAGAACUCAGACUCAGGGGAUAUGACUAUGGAGCAGACUUCAGGGGAAUCUCAGCUGCAGAGAUCAAUGGAAAAUAUGGAGAGCUAAUUUGGAAGAACAACUGGAUUUCCUUCCUAGAUACAAUGUUACAGAUGUCAAUUUUACACCUUUCUGGUAAUGGCUUAUGUCUCCCAACCAGAAUUAAAUCGGUCACAAUAAAUCCACUCCACCAUGGAAAAAAUGUUUAUACCAACGAAAAGGAUCAGUCAGUUUUGUUUGUAAAAGUUGAUAAGUACACAGACAGAUGUUGGUCAGGAGGAGUGACAAUCCAUGGUCUGCAUGCCACUACUGCUCCACGGAGACAGCAGCAACACAAACCUCCCAUGCUGGAAAAGUACGAGUUUGUCCCAUAUAUUGCACACAGCUACAUCAACCAGACACCUGAUCUCAAGAGCUAUGUUGCACUGUGUAGACACUAUGCAGUACAGAGUUUGAAGAAUCUACAGCAAAGCACUUCUAGUGUGAUAAAGCAAGAAACGCUCCAGACCAUUUUAGCAGAACUUUCUGAGGAAUGUCAACUAUCAGUGGAAACUGUCUUCCCAUACCAGGCAAGCACAUCGUUGCUGGACCUACUCAAACAACAGAUGAAUACCAGCCAUAUUCAGAAUGAUAGACUAAUGACAAAUCUUUCACAGACAAAUGUUUUGAAACCUGCCUUGGAUAUUGUGAUUGAAAACUGUAUAAGUUCAAAUCUCAGUGUCUUGGAAGUGGAAGCAGGAAGUGGUUGUUUGUACAAGAGUGUUUGUCCUCAGAUGUUGUCACACCCGAUGAUGAGCAUCAAUUACAGAAUUACUGGCUCUACAGAUCACGUUACUCAGGAGGACAAAGAUCUCUACAACCUAACACCAGAACAAUGGAACAUCUCAAAUGCACCACCUAACAUAAAAUCAUCCAAUCUGAUAAUCCUACAAAAUGUGCUUCACAAACAUGCAAAUCUCAAACAAACUCUCCAAAAUGUUACCCAAGCUCUUGAUCAGCAUGGAUUUCUCUUGAUACAAGAAGUGACUGAUAACUUCCCAAUCAUGCUUGCAGUGCUCUAUUUGCAAGAAAAGCUCCCCAGUAUUGAGGAUCUUGACAUAAGAUCUCUUUACUGUUUCUGCAAUGAAGACCGUUGGAUCCAAAUAUUCCAGGAAAUUGGUUUAAAUCUCUUAUACAAAAGAUCCGAUGGUAUCAUGUCAUCCCUGUUUUUACUAAGUAAGAUUAAACCAAAAGUCCCUGUAUCAGAAAUAGAUGUAAGCUGUUAUAGUUGUACAUGGUUUGAGGAUAUGAAGUCAAAGAUAUCGGAAUCGGGAAAUGGAAAAUCUAAGAAAUUGUUAUGGUUGUUGGCUAACUCUGGUGUUCCAAAUGGAGUAGUUGGUAUGGUGAACUGCUUGAGGAGAGAAGGAGGAGGUGCUAACAUUAGAUGCAUCCUAAAUGGGGGUAAAGAUAGCCUAACUCUUACAGAGGAAGUCUUCACAAAUAUUCAAGAGAAAAAUCUAGUCAUGAACAUUUUUAGAGAUGGAGUUUGGGGAUCAUAUAGGCAUCUCCCUAUUGAAGAAGAUAAAAUGAUUGAAAAGAAGUCUGGUACCCAUGCCUAUGUUAAUGUUUUGACAAGAGGGGAUUUGUCAAGUCUGCAAUGGGUGGAGUCUCCUCUUAAAUUCUCUCGUUCAAAGUCCCUGUGUUCUGUCAGUUAUGCUGCUCUUAACUUUCGAGAUGUAAUGUUGGCAACUGGAAGACUGCCACCUGAUGCCAUUCCAGGAGAUUUAGCUCAGCAAGAUUGCAUUUUGGGAAUGGAAUUUUCAGGAUAUAACACUGAAGGAAAGAAAGUCGCGGGCUUAGUUCCAGCGAAGGGGCUUGCAACACAUGUUGAUGUAACUCCAGAAUUCCUGUGGUCAGUUCCUGAGAACUGGACUUUAGAACAGGCAGCUACUGUUCCUGUUGUUUACUCUACUGUGUACUAUGCCUUGGUCAUUAGAGGGAGGAUAAAUCCAGGAGACAAAGUCCUGAUUCAUUCUGGUAGUGGUGGAGUAGGACAGGCAGCCAUUUCUGUAGCCCUGCAUCAUGGAUGCGAGGUCUUCACUACAGUGGGGUCUGAAGAAAAAAGAAAGUUUUUGAAGUCAAGAUUUCCUCAACUUCAGGAUGACCACUUCUGCAAUUCAAGAGAUGUUUCAUUUGAAAAAAAUAUUCUAACUGUAACCAAGGGAAAAGGAGUUGAUGUUGUUUUGAAUUCCCUCUCUGAAGAAAAAUUACAAGCCAGCUUACAAGUUGUAGCCCAACACGGAAGAUUUCUGGAAAUAGGAAAAUACGACCUCUCGAAUAAUACUGCUUUAGGCAUGUCAAUCUUUCUGAAAAACAUAAGUUUUCAUGGUAUUCUGUUGGAUGCCUUGUUCGAUGAGAACAACACUGACUGGCAGAAAGUGUCUCGACUGAUGGAUGAAGGAAUACAAUCCGGUGCUGUGCAGCCUUUAAAUAGCUCUGUAUUUGAAAAUGAUCAACUAGAGGAAGCUUUCAGAUUCAUGGCACAAGGAAAACAUAUUGGAAAAGUUCUCAUCAAGGUUUCAGAGAAUGGUGCUAACACUGCAUCUCACAACUUAUCAAUUGUCCCAAGGACCUCUUGUCAUCCAGGCAAAGCCUACAUAAUCACUGGAGGACUUGGAGGAUUUGGUCUGGAGCUCUCUGAAUGGCUGAUUGAGAGAGGUGCUCAAUGUCUAGUUCUUACAUCCAGGUCAGGGAUCAAAUCAGGAUACCAGAAAAGGAAACUUCAAAAGUGGCACAAGAAAGGAGUUCAAGUCAUUGUGUCUAGGCGGGAUCUUCAGAGUGAAGAGGACACAAAAUUACUGGUGGAGGAGACCAGUCAAGUGAAACCUGUUGGAGGAAUAUUCCAUCUAGCUAUGGUCUUGAAAGAUGGACUGAUAGAGAAUCAGACAGUUGAUCAGUUCCAGAGUGUGUGUCAACCAAAAGUGUUUGGAACUAUGUACCUUGACAGAAUUACCAGGAAUGUAUGCAGGGAGAGUUUGGAUUGGUUUGUUGUUUUCUCUUCAGUCAGUUGUGGAAGGGGAAAUUCAGGGCAAUCCAAUUAUGGCUUGGCCAACUCAUUUAUGGAAAGAAUUUGUGAACAUAGAAAGAUGGAGGGAUUUCCAGGACUUGCAAUCCAAUGGGGUGCAAUUGGGGAUGUUGGAGUUGUUUUGGAAACCAUGGGCAAUAAUGAUUCAGUGAUUGGUGGAACACUUCCUCAGAGAAUGAUGUCAUGCUUAUCCACUCUAGACCAGUUCUUAAAUAGAUCAGAACCAGUUUUGUCUAGCUUUAUUCAGGCUGAGUCCAAAACUGAGACUAAAAGCAGUGGAAGUGGACAUGAUGUUGUCCAAGCUGUUUGCAACAUUCUUGGGGUGAAAGAUGUGAGCACUAUCAGCAUGGAUGUCAGUCUAGGUGACCUUGGUUUGGACUCUUUGAUGGGUGUAGAAAUCAAACAGUUACUAGAGAGAGACUAUGACUCAGUUUUGUCCACAACAGAAAUCAGGCAACUCACCAUCAAGAAGUUGCAGGACUUGUCCAACAAUGGAUGCCAGCAGCAGGAGCCCGAAAAUAAAACAGUCAACUCUUUCAGAUAUCGGCUUGACAAAAUGAUACCAGACGAAUCCAUCAUAUGUCUUCAAAAGAAAAGUAGUGACAAGACACUCUUUUUGGUGCACCCUUUGGAAGGGGAUUGUACUAGUCUAAUGGACCUGGUGGAGAAACUUCCACACACUAUAUAUGGACUACAGUGCUCAGCAGAUGUGCCUUUAGAUUCAAUCUCAUCUAUGGCUGCAUAUUAUCUUCAGUCUAUUCAGACCAUACAAAAGAGUGGCCCUUACUUGUUAUCAGGGUAUUCCUUCGGUGCAUGUGUUGCUAUGGCAAUAGCUACUCAGAUGGAGGCUGCAGGAGAGAUCAUCAAUGAGAUGAUUUUGCUAGAUGGCUCCCACAACUUUGUCUCAGUUUACACUGGAAUGUAUAGAGAUCGUAAAACUAUUGAAAACGAUGCUAUGGCUGAAACAGAAGCUCUGUGUAGCUUUGUCCAACACUUUCUUCCUGGACACACUGCUCAGGUGGUAAAACAACUUAAUUCAGGGAGCGACUUUGAGACUAGGGUUAAAAUUACCGCAGACGUUUUGAUGUCGACUGGGUUGUUCCCCAAUGCGAAGGAUCUAGAGAAAGCAGCAAGCUUUUUCUACCGACGUCUACUGAUUGCUGAGGAAUUUUCAUUGAGUGGAAAGCUUCGGUGCCCUGUUCGUCUAUUGAGGGCAUCAGACAGCAAACUCCAGUCCAAAGACUCAGAUUAUGGACUCUCUCAGGUGUGUUCUGGAGAAUUGAAGGUUGAAAUUAUACCAGGCAACCAUGAAACUUUCAUACGGGGAGAUAAUGCUGUUGUUACUGCCAAAUAUUUCAACUCGUGAUCUUCUGGAACACUCAAUGACAGAUAUGAUGUAUCGGUACUGUCUGAAAAUUAUUUGUGUCACGGAGCACAUUCCCUCUAAGUAAAUAAUGUACAUUUAGAUUGUGAAGUAUUGAAGGACAAUAUACACUAGUGAAAUGUUGUGGUAAAAGUAUUUGUUAGUUUCGAAAUUCAUAUUACUAAUCUUUUAUUUGUGUUGUUCAACAAUUUCUCUUUUCAUCGUUCAAUGUCAGUUGCGGAUUUCAUGCUAUUAUUUGUUAUUUACAGUUAUGUUCCACUUAUUGGAAUGGAUCAGGAUUUUAUCCAUUGUAGGCUGUUUUUGAGGAAUAUGUUGCAUGUAUAAAAUUAUUGAUAUUUUAACAUUUUACGAAAUACACAUUAGAAUAUGAAUUAAAAAAUAUGGAAGUA